UCCUCUAUGGGAACAGAUAAAUCCUUUAAUCGAAACUGAUCUCAAUUGUGAUGAUGUUAAUAUUCGUACGGCUUCAAUGAUGUUUUUAGUCGAAUAUGCUAGAGAGCUGGCUGCUGCUUGCGGAAGUCGCCAAAAUGAUGCAGAAGAUGGUAAUACCGAGACUCAGCAAUAUAAAAAUUUAGAUUUGACUAAAGCAUUUGAAUGGUGGAUUACAGCUCUUGUUCAAUAUGUUCAAUUGGCAACAAAUGAUAAAUGCCAUGCAACGGACAAGAGAAAUUUCUGUAUCAAGAUAUUACUUAAUUUUUCAAAAGAUGAAAGCCAAAAUGUUAGAGCAGCAGCAUGUCGUGGUCUUGGAGUCUAUAUUUUGUUCCCUAGCUUACAACAGGAUACUAAAUUCGCGUCAGACAUGGCGUUAACAGUGAUUCAACAGAUGUCUGACCAAAAUUUAUUGGUCAGAGUCAGAAGUAGUUGGGCUUUAGGAAAUUUAUGUGAUACUAUGGUUAUUUUGAGCGAUCCUUCAAAUGUCAAUCCUCGAAAUGCCAAUUUGAAUGAAUUUUUGAUUAAUGUCUUAUGGGCAAAAAUUGUUAAAGCUGGAUUAUCUGCGUCAAAUGAUAAUGAUAAGGUCCGUCCAAAUGGAGUGAGAGCAUUAGGCAGUAUUAUACAUGUCCUUCCUACAAACUUUAUAAUAAGGGAAGAAAGUGGAUUAAUCAAAGAUGUUGUAAUGGCUUUGAUUAAAAAUUUUGAAUCCGGUUCAUUGAAAAAUUUUAAAGUUAGAAUUAAUGCGUCUCUCGCACUUGCCACACCGACUACACGAGAUAAAUAUGGGGACGUAACUACGUUUAUUAAAAUCCUACAAGCAGUGAUUACAAGUUUGGAAAAUAUUGAUAAUUUGGCAGGAACUGGAUUCAGCGAA